CAGCACAGUUAGAACUGUGCUCCUGUCUAAGAGAGGUCAGUGGUCGCUGUUAUGUGAUCCGGCCAUAGUAAUAAGCACACUGAAUGCACUUUGUUACCUUCCACAAACUGCAGAAUGAUUCCAAGCAGCAGGUCACAGUCAAAGCAGAUAGCGGUCAAAGGGGGGUCUGGCCCCGCCCCUUCAGAUCUGGCUAGCCAAUAGGAGCUCGCUCUGGAUUAUCCUGCUGUUAUAAAGGAUGCUGAGGCUGCAACCGUGUCGCCCACUUGAACUCAAACUAAAGUACCCGUCAGAAACUGAUGCAACAAGUGCUCAGCUAAGAAGGCGAGAGAACCGCAGCGAUGGACCGCUCCAAGCAGAACAAGUACAGCUCAAACGAGAAGAAGGACAACGGGGACGGCGGCUCCGUGCUCAACGGCCACUUUGACGGGAUGGUGAAGCGGGCAACCGGCGGUCCUCAGGCACCGGGAGCAGAAUCCGCUCCGCACCGGUCGACCUCCGCUGUGAUGGAGAGCUGGAAAGAGGAGCGCACCAGGAGCCUGGAGGACAACGAGAUGAGCUUGCCGUCCCUGGCCGCUGCCUACACCACCAUCCUGCGGGGUCUCGGGGAGAACCCGCAGCGGCAGGGACUCCUCAAAACCCCCUGGAGGGCUGCCACGGCCAUGCAGUUCUUCACUAAAGGCUACCAGGAGAAAAUUAUCGACGUGCUGAAUGACGCCAUCUUCGAUGAAGACCACGAUGAGAUGGUGAUAGUCAAAGACAUCGACAUGUUCUCCAUGUGUGAACAUCACCUGGUGCCCAUCUUUGGCAGGGUUCACAUUGGAUACCUCCCAAACAAGAGAGUUCUGGGCCUCAGCAAGCUAGCCAGGAUUGUUGAGAUCUACAGCCGUCGACUACAAGUUCAGGAGAGGUUGACCAAACAAAUCGCUGUGGCUAUUACAGAGGCACUGCAGCCCACUGGGGUCGGAGUUGUCAUCGAGGCAACUCACAUGUGUAUGGUGAUGCGAGGCGUUCAGAAGAUGAACAGUAAAACCGUCACCAGCACCAUGCUGGGGAACUUUAGAGAGGAUCCAAAAACCCGUGACGAGUUUCUGAGGCUCAUCAAAAGUUGAGGGGGAUGAAGCUACUCGUCUUCCUCCUGUUGCCUGGGGUUACCUCCAACCUACAUGAACCAGCUGCCGUGCUACCUGCGUGUGUGUGUGAGUGUGUUUGUACGAGUGUGUGCGUGUGUUUGUUUCCAUCUCACCAAAGGCAGAGGCGAGUGUUUUCUGUGUUAUUGUGCUCAUCGGAUAAAGUGAAUUGUUACCUCUGUGAUUUUAGUGCGAGGCCGCUGGUUUACACAUUGUUUGCUUUUAGACGACGGGACAGACUUUGAGCCCUUUUGUGUUGUGUGUGUGUGCUCGUCGUUCAAAUAUCAGUCACAGGCCUCGAGGAAAAAUGGAAGGACAGUUUAUGGAGAGAAUUCCAUCCCUGUAAAAGUAACCGGUCCUUUUAACUCCUCCGGAUACUCACUGACACAAGUAAAUAACACAAAGACAAAAACAAACUAACAGCAUAAAAAUUUACACCAGUAUUUCCUUAAUUAUCUGUAAUUUUGACACUAAGCGGUUCAGAUUUUGUUGACUGAAAGCCAUAAAAAACAAAACAAAAAAACUUUUAGGUUUGAAAAACUCCUGAAAGGUUAGGAAUCAGAAUCCAAAGAAUGUCCUCACUAAAAGUGGUGCCUAUGUUAAGUCAGUAGAUUCAGAGAGAACAUCAAGCAACACUUGGCAGCUAACCCUGACCAAAGUGCAUUAGAAAAACAUCAAAUAUUUCCAUUACAGUCUAACAGCCCAGAGGAGUCCGUGUCACUACAAGCCCUUUUUAAAUUAACGGCUUCAUCUGUCUAUUAAUGUGGUAGCACUUGGUCAAACGUGCAAACUCAGAUACUUGUAGCCAAUGUUCCCUCUAAUUUUUCAAGUGUCUGAGCGAACACACAGUCUCCCUGAGCAGUCCGUGAGCAACAUUAGACGUGUGCACUGUGGUCACGCCAGCAUCGAAUCCAUCCAAGUUACAUGGUUUAUUAAAAUAAUCAAAUUACAGCAUUUACAUUUAUGUUAGACUACUUUUAAUUAAGUGCUUUAGCCCACUUACAAUGAAAAUUUAAAAGAAAUCUUGUUCAUGACCUGUGUAGUAUGCCAACACUAUUGGAAGUAAAAAUAACUUGAACUCCAAUUUUGAAAACACAACUUUCUUUUGUUUUCUGACUUGUAUUAUGAGUAUGAGUCCGUGGUCUGGGAGAGAGUCUUGUAACUCUCUGUCUGCAAAAUACAGUAUAUAAUGACAAAUGUUGGGCAAUUAAUUAUAUAGUUACUUCUUCAAAAAAGUAACUGAGUUUUGUAAACAAAGUUUUUUGCAGCUGUUUACCUAAAAAUGCAGCCAAGGCGGUUUUUUAAAUAAACAUUUUAAAAUAUUUACAGAACAAUCAGGUGUUCUGCAUCAAAUCUGAUGCUACACAAAUUAUUAGUGCCACUCCAAAAAAUAAUCUCUGUCCACUAUGAGAUAAAGGAGAACAACAGCCUGAUACCUGCAGGCCUGACAACAGGAGAUGUAUCACUCCUGUAACACCUGUAACAUUCAGCAGUCGCCUCAUUGUUCUGACACACACAACAAAACUAUUGACUACACUACACACUAACUACACAAGAUUUGCGCUAAACGUCGCAAAUCUCAAAACACCACCGUCACUCCUAAAACUUCCCCCUUCCUAAACAUCUAGAUGCCAUGUUGCCAUAUCAUUUUUUGAUUGGUCCACAUAGUACAUUUUUCCACCAAUAGGAAAGGCUGAAGGGGGGGGUGUUGUUUUUGCUCACAGGCGGAGAGUGCUUUUGAGCGUUUUCCUUAUAAAACGCCAUUUUUACCGUUUCUUCCCGCAGUAAAUAUAAACAACAAUAGUAUUCAGGAAAAAAAACAAACAUUGCAUAUAUUUUUUUAUCAUAACUCUGGUUUUACAUGGCCUAUCAACACAAUUUAAAAACUGGUAUAAAGUCCACACUUUUUCCGUCAAUUGUUCCGUCUGUCCUCCUCACAUCUCCAAUGGUUGUACACGUUGUCAUUAACGUGGCUUCACUCCACAUCAGCCACGCCGCUUUGCUAGCUAAAACACCAGUGUCGGCACAUAAGGACGCUGUCAUAGCCUGUCAACGACGUUGAUUAGCUGCGUAUAUACGAAUGUGAAUCGCAUUAUUGGCUGGACUAUGGGAUAAGGCGGCAUCGUUCUAAUCCCAUACAGGAGCAGCCAGUCACUUACUAACACUGCAAAACAGAAUUGUUAACGUAUUUAUUUUAAUUUCAAUUCAGGUUGGAUUUUUUUUUUUGUGCGCAAUGCAGAUUUUCUGUGCGCAGAGACCGUGCCAGCAGUGCGCAAUUGCGCACGCGCGCAGCUUAGAGGGAACAUUGCUUGUAGCACUCUAGUCUGGACAUUUUACUUCUCACUGCUGUUGUGACCUCAAAUAUACUAGUUUUCGCUAUUGUCUGUCUACUUUUUCCUCAGUAAGUAGAUAAACCUGAUUUUGAGGCCAUUCCUCUCAACAGAUUGGUGCUAAAGGUAGAAUUAUCUCAUUAACUCGUCAUUUGUUUGAUCCAGUAAUGGUUCAACACGGGUUUCAGAGCUGUGUGCCUGAGACGACCAUAUUUAGGAUUUCCCCUCCUUGUGACAUCAUACAGAGCCAAUGGUAGAAAAAAAGGGCCUGAAGCCAAUCAUUUAGAGCAGCCUAUAUCCUGAGCUUGUACAUACAGUGAAAAUGGCCGUGUUUAAUGUAAGUGUCCACCAUUCGAACAAUAUAUAUGACAUAAAAUAAGGACAAGUGUAACAGGUUCAGUGCAAAGCUUUGAAGGCCAUUGGUCAAAACAUCCAAAAAACCAACAACCUCUCAGCAUAUUAUAAUUCAAGUGGUCUGAACCUUCUCUGGGCUCUCUUUUCAGGCUUCAUAAAGUCUUUAUAAACUAAACCUGCUGACUAAUUUUUAAUAUAAUGUUUUUACAUAUAUUAAUGUAUCUCCAAAUUUUAGACUGACCAACCAUUUUAACAGUAUCACUCUGAACUCUGGGGCCUUUCCAACUACAUUUAUUUGAAAAAAAAAAAAAAACUAAAAACAAAGUAUAAAUAGAAAACGUAAUUACAAACAGCUGUAGCCCUGGAUAAGAUUUUUUGUGUAAUCGGUUCAUGUGUUUGAGCUUUAAACAUGCUGUUUGGCACUUUAACACUGUGUCACCCUUUAAAAACCUCAUUUCUAAAAUUUGCUGUCACAACUUUUUAGCCCUUCAGUCUGUUCUUUUUUUUUUUUUUUAUUAAUUUACAACUCAAAUUUAAAUUAGAGUCUUUACCAUGACGUAUGUAUUAUUAUUAUUAUUGACAUUAUUGUUGUUGUUGUAUUAACAUAAUUUUAAUAUCAAAUUGCGUGGAAUCAUCAAUGGAAACAUUCAGACUGCGUCUUUACAUUACACCAGUGUUCUGAGUUUUAUUUGAUUUUUUUCAUUGUCAUUUGUUUUAAGGUCCUUUGCAAGGGCCUGCCUUCAUGUGCCAACUCGCUUCUCACAACAAAACCAAUCUUUAUAAACCAAACUGGAAUUUGUCAUUUCCACGAGAGGCAAAUGAAGUGUGUGUGUGUGUGAGUGAGUUAGUGCGUUUGUUUGUGCAUACAGUUUGCAUCCCAGCAGAUGAACAGUGUGGUGACAGGUGUGUGUGUUGUUCAUACUUUUACAUUUCAAUGCAUCACAAUUGUCCCCAGACAGAUUUUGGGAGGUUUUAACUUGUGACGUGCAACAUGAUGACUGGAUAUGUGUGUGUGUGUAUGUGUAAGUGUGUGUGUGUGUUGGAGUGAAGAUGGGCGCUAACAAACAGCUCUGAUGUUGUUUUUCUGGCCUUGUCAAGAAGGAAAGCCUGUUCAUUGGCCCCUUCGCCAUCAUUGUCACAUCAUGUACUGUGUUCACGUUGAAGACUUUUUAAUCAAAGAAAAUAAACCUCUGUGUGACAGCAGCGCCCAUGUCUUUAUUCACAGCACACACAUAAGUUUACAUGUAAGUUUAUUUCCUUUAAAGCUUUCCGUAAAUUCAUGCAACAUUAGCAGACAAGGAAAAUGUUUGACUUUGGAAGUUUCGUGUUCAUGCACCACUUGCAUUUUAAGUAGCUAUGAACAAUAUUUUACUAUGUAAAGUACAAAAGCUACAAAAAGUUUAAUAUUCAAUUUCACAAAAACAUUUGCUUCAUGACGCUACAAUAGUACAGGGAAACAACCCCCUAUGAGUGAGUACUUGGUGACAGUGGGAAGGAAAAACUCCAUUUUAACAGGAAGAAAUCUCCAGUAGAAACAAGCUCAGGGAGGGGCAGCCAUCUGCCGUGACUGAUUGGUGGUGAGGAGAGGGCGAAGGACUAAAGCAGCUAAUAAAAUCAAUUUAUCCUAAGUACA